CAACUGCCACCGCGUCAUCGACCUCGGCCAACUUGCACACAGCGCUAACGUUACGUCCGCUACGCGCAACUGAACAGCCGACGCGUCCGCUAGGCACAUAAUAAUACUUAUUUGCCUCACACCCCCACCACAAACACCUAUAUACAAUCCGCACACCAUGCACUUCGAAACCUCGCCCAGCUCAUCACCGUCGAAAUCAAUACCUGUCUCCAUCCGUACCAUGGCCUCGCCAUCAGGAUCCCUCUUCAGCACCUACUCGCAGGAUGCCGCUCCCUCAAGUGGCGGAUCCACCUGUGCCUACCCUUCCUGGCCCACAGGCAACUCUCUGGAGUACCGCAGUACGCCCAGCUCCUUCAUCAGUGACGAAGACCUCUUCGGCGACAACUUCGACGACGAGUACUCUAGUCCAUUCCUCCAGGAAGCGCCCGCGCCGCCUCGCCAGCCGCCCAUGGCUCAGGCAUUCCCCAUCCUGCCGCCGCUGUACGCUCCGGAGAAGCCUAAGAAGCAGCGAAGGCGCAGUAGCGGCCGCAAGCAGCGCCGACCUUCCAAGCCUAUGACUCCUAUCUCAGAGUCGCCUGAGGCUGUGGAGUGAAGAGUCAGACUGGAAAUUGUAAACAUGUCCUCUACACUACAUAAUGUUUGAUAUCACCAACUCUCCAUGAGCCGCGCGCCUCGCAAUUAGCGCCGCGAGUCAUCUCCACCACUCACGGU